AAUUAUGAAAAUUGACAAACACACAAAUAAUAUAUUUCUUAUCAAAAUUUAAUAUAUUUUCUUAAUAUGUAUAAAAAUAUAUAAAAUACCUUUUUUAGAAAUACAAGGAGUAUAAUAUAAACCGUUGAAACCAAAGCUACUCUCUAUGUUUCAUGUUAUAGGUAGUUUUAGGGGAAAAAGGUUUGUUUCAAUAUAUAGGUAGUUUUCAUAUUUCAAUGCAUUUUUGUACUUAUUGAAUAUUUUGUGACCAAUAAUUAAUACAUACUUUGUAUGAUUGGUUGCACUUAUACAUAAAUGAUACUUUUUGAAAAGUAACAAAUUUCUUGAUAUUGAUAUUUUUAACUUAAACUACUUGCAUUUUGAAACAGAGGGAGCAGUAAUCAUUUAAGCAAAAUCAAAAUAAUCACAUAAAAUUUUAUGCAGAUCUUUACUUACUCAAAUAAUUUUUUUUUUUGUAAAUACUUGCAGUAUUACACUUAACUUAUGAAACUUCAAUUAUUUAAGAAUGGCGAUUUUAUUUUGGUGAGGAAUGGAAUCAAAAGGCACCACUUCGAUCGCCAGCCAACAAGUUCAUCGAAGGAUAUUUCUUUGGUUUUGGAUUGCUUUGAUUAGCGAAGUAAGGAUAUUGUAUUCGUUUAAUUGAUAUUUUAAAAAGUAGCAUAACUGAAAUGACCACCAUUUUAAAAAAAUUUGAAAUGUAGAUUCCAAAUUUUUGUCAUUAUGGUAUUAAUGAUUGGAUGUGUUUUAGGUUAAAAAUAGACUUCGUAGGUUAGAGGUCUGUAAGUCUAUAAUUUAGAAUAUUGUUUACAUUUGAGUGAAAAAAAAGAAGAAGAAGCUAAAAUCUAGUAGUUAGUUGGUAGUGAAUCCCUAUCGUGUAGGACUUUAAAUCCUAAUCACCUAAAAAGUUUUGUCUUCACUUUCAUAUGCGUGAGACUCCACUCAUUCCUUUUUCGUGAUCCGUAAACUUAAAUAGGACUACCUGUUCAAGUGCCAUUCUUCAGGCUCGACGAUUCACUUUGGAGAUUAAGUAAGCUCCUUAGAGUUACACAAACUAUUCCCAUUUAUUUUCCAGUUAUCAGCAAUGGAAGAAGAUAACCAAGAAAAACAACUUGAAGAUGGCGGAUCUUCUUCUCUCUUUAAGACUUGUUUCAACGCACUCAAUGCUUUUUCAGGCAUUGGAAUAUUAUCAGUACCAUAUUCACUAGCUCGUGGAGGAUGGUUAAGUCUAUCACUUCUGUUACUCCUAGCCGCAACCGCCUUCUACACAUCUCUGCUCAUUACAAAAUGCAUGAACGCUGAUCGCAGCAUUAAAACCUAUCCGGACAUUGGAGAACGUGCGUUUGGUAAACCAGGGAGAAUAAUUGUGUCAGUCUUCAUGCACCUAGAACUAUACCUAGUCACCACUGGCUUCUUGAUCAUGGAAGGAGACAAUCUUCAUAAUCUUUUCCCGGGGUUUAACAUCAAAAUGAUCGGUUUAAGAUUGAACGGUAAACAAUCGUUCAUGGCGUCAGUGGCCCUUGUAAUCAUGCCAACUCUUUGGUGGGAUAAUCUAAGCGUCUUGUCUUAUGUUUCUAUGAGUGGUGUUUUAGCUACGGUCUUGACUCUUGGAUCAAUAUCUUGGGUUGGAGCUGUCGAUGGAAUCGGGUUUCGUCAAAGUGGAAAGCUGAUUAACUGGAGUGGCAUCCCUACAGCUUUGAGCUUGUAUGCUUUUUGCUAUGGCGCACAUCCCGUGUUGCCCACUUUGUAUAAUUCCAUGAAAAGUAAACAUCAGUUCAACAAUGUCCUACUUAUAAGUUUUAUAUUAUGCACCAUAGGCUACACAUCAAUGGCGGUAUUGGGCUAUUUAAUGUACGGAUCAAAUACUCUAUCGCAAAUAACACUGAAUCUUCCGACUCAUAAGACGAGCUCAAAGGUGGCAAUAUACACAACCCUCGUAAACCCCAUAGCCAAAUACGCAUUGAUGAUCACACCAACAGUGAACACCAUAAAAGAUUGGUUUCCUUCGCGUUACGCCAAGAAAACAUAUUUGCAUCUCUUGAUAAGUACAUUAUGUAUAGCAAGCAGUGUGGUCAUCGCUGAGACAUUUCCGUUCUUCGGUUAUAUGAUGUCUUUGGUUGGAGCGUUACUGAGUGUAACGGUCUCUAUUCUUCUCCCUUGCUUAUGUUACUUGAAGAUCUCAGGAAGUUUCAAGAAGUUUGGGUUUGAGACUAUCAUGUUGUUUGGUAUGGUGGCUAUGUGUGUUCCUAUUGGAGUCUUGGGUACUUACAUUGCAAUUCGAGAGUUAGUUAUUAGUGUUUGAAAGUUUGAUAUUAUGAGGCCAGUGUUUGUAGCAAAUAAAGAUGUUAAAUCAAUUCACAUAUGUUUGUAUUUCUAUUAUCGCUUUCUCUAAAGUUACUUUAUAGUGGAUGUUGUUUCAUUAAUA